GCCUUAUAAAAGACGCUUUAGUACACCGUCUGGUCAGAGUGUACCGUACAGCAACACACAACACACAGCAGGAUGAACACUGUGGUCGCAAUUCUCCUCGUCGCUUUGGUGGCUAGCGCGCAUGCGCAGCUGGGCAGCGUACAUUGCGGUGUCGGCUGCGCCUGUUCGCAGGGACAACAGCCCGUGUGCGGCAACAAUGGCGUCACGUACCUCAACGAGUGUGAGCUGCGCUGCGCGCAGUGCGAUUUACCGGGUCUGCUGUUGGCCUACGCAGGAGUGUGCGUGCCCGCCGUGGUUGGAUACGCCGCCCCUCCCCAGUACCAGUACGCCGUGCCCGUGGUGUACGGCAAGCGCUGAGGCCUGCCAGCGCACACGUGUCUCAACGUGGGGCUCGUCUGUUCUCUACAGUGCCAAUUAAUUUAAUUUAAUGUAUCCAUUUAUUGUACUUGUGCCAAAUGGUUAUAAAAUAGAUAAUUGAUUUCUAAUAA